CAACAAUGUUGAUUAUAUGAAGCUUCAUUAUCAGUUUAUUGAAGAAAAAAUUAUCAUUUUUUUCCCAAAACAAUGCUUGUUUGUUGCCCAGAAAUGGUUAAUGGCCUUUGAAAUUCAUCUGAAAUUAAAAUAUUUCCUUAUUUUGUUUUUUAAAAAAAUCAAAAUUUGAGCUCAGGCGGACUCAAAUUGGACAUUUUAAAUGUCAAGCCAGAUGAAGGAAGAAGAGAGAAUCGAAAGGAUCAUUCGAGGUCUCCUGAAGCUGCCAGAUAACCGGAGAUGCAUCAACUGCAACAGUUCGGGACCGCAGUAUGUUUGUACAACUUUCUGGACAUUCGUAUGCAUGAAUUGCAGCGGAAUACAUCGAGAAUUCACACACCGGGUAAAAUCGGUGUCAAUGGCUAAGUUUACUGCCCAAGAAGUUAGUUGCCUUCAAGCUGGUGGCAAUGAGAGGGCAAGGCAAAUUUACUUCAAGACUUGGGAUCCUAGUCGGAAUUUUUGCCCGGAUGGCAGCAACCUUAACAAACUGAGGGACUUCAUCAAACAUGUUUACGUGGACCGUAAAUUUUCAGGCGACAAGAGCCAAGAAAAGGCUCCCAUAACUAAAUCUGGUUCAAGAGAUUUGUAUGAUGAGCGGCGUUCGUUUGAAAGAUCCAUCCCUGGUGGAAAGGAAGUGUUUGGAGAGCGCCAUUCGUUUGAGAGUUGUAGUUUGGGUGAUAGGCGUUGGCACGAUAGAUCCAGUCGAGGCAGUAAAGAGGACUUAAAUGAUAGGUGCUAUUUAGAAAAGCACAAUAAUGCAGCUAGAAAGAUUGAAGAUAGAAACUUGAGAUAUGGCAUUGACCAAACCAGAAGUCCCCGGUACACCCAACCGAAGAGCCGUCCUGCCCGGUUUGAAAUUGUUGAUGAUAGGUUUCGAGAGGAUGGGUCUGGGAAUGUGAAACGGUAUGAGCAUUAUCGGUUUACCAAAGCCGAUUCAAAGCGUCAGAGCAGAUCACCCGAUUCUCAUCGGGCGAGUACUGAACCAACCCAUCCUGUUGUAUGCCCCAUUAAAGAUAUCUUGGGUGACCAAGUUGUUAAGCUGAAAGUUGGUGAUCCUCCAGAACCAAAGGAAGCAAAUGUUCAGAACAAUGGAGAGUCUACUAAAUCAUCAGAUUCUGUAAAGCCUAUAAACUUGAUCGAUUUCGAAGAUGAUCUUCAACCUCCAGCAAGUGCUUCAACUCAGUCAACACAACAACCACCAGCUUCAACUUCCUCAAGUGAAAAGGCUUCAACUAAUGUUGAUUCUACGGAGUCAUUAUUAUUAUUGGGAAUGUCUCCCGCUGCUUCGCCAACAGUAGCGACAGAUAUGACAUCACCAGCGCCAGUUCCUGCUGAUUCCACAACCGCUCCUCAAGAUAAUGUUCCUCAGGAUUCUAACGCGGGAAAUGAUCAAAAACAUAGUGGAAGAAAUGAGCUGCCAGCGGAACUUUUCACAUCAAGUUAUUCACCUUUUGUGGCAGCAGCGCCUGGAUGGAUGGAAUAUGGAAUGCAGUAUCAUCCUCAUCAUCAUGCAAGGAUGAUGCUCUCAGCAAAAUCAAGAAACCCGUUUGAUGUUUGUGACGAAAGCCCUCAAGUUCCCGCCCCAAUGCUUCCUUCCAUGCUACCGCCGCAAGGAACGCCUAAUGUAUUGCCUUCGCUACAUCCCCAACCAUCACCAUAUGCAUUGGCACCGCCUCUUCCAUCAACUUCUUAUGGAAUGGUUGUACCUCCAGGGGCAUAUCUUGGACCCCAAUUACCCAACAAUUUGUUAAUGAGAAAUGCUAGUGCAGAGAGACUAGCUAGGUUCUUGGUUGCUGCUGCAUUGUCCUUAGAGAUUUAGAUUGCUCACACAUGUCGCCGCACUUGCCCACACAUUGUCCCAAUCUUGCUUCAUCUGUACGUACGUCCCACACACAAAUGUUAUUCCGCGUAUUAGUAAUUG